AUGCGUGACCAUAAUCAGGUAGUGAAAAGAUCAUUAAAUGAUGCUGUGAUGAAUUCAAACGGUAUUGCUGCUGGAACAGGUAGCCCAGGAUCAGACUCGAAUCAACUCGACUAUCCUUGGGGAAUCUUUGUCGAUGUAAAUUUGGAUUUAUAUGUGGCAGAUAGUAGGAAUGAUCGAGUUCAGUUGUUCCAAUCGGGCGAAUCAAAUGGUAUCACAGUAGCUGGAAGUACAUCACGAUAUCCAACAAUUACACUUAAUCGUCCCAGUGGAAUGAUAUUAGAUGCUGAGAAAUAUUUAUUCAUUGUGGAUCGAGGCAAUAAUCGCAUUGUUGGUUCAGGUUUGAAUGGUUUUCGAUGUUUAGUUGGAUGUUAUGGACAGGGUUCACAAUCCAAUCAAAUGUCUGUUCCAUCCAGCUUGAGCUUCGAUGGUUUCGGAAACAUGUUUGUUGUUGAUGAUCGGAAUAUUCGAAUUCAAAAAUUUUUACUAAUGAAAGAUUCUUUUGGUAAGUUGAAAAAAAGUUGA